AUGCUCAUGAUGCAUAUUUUGAUUGAAUAAAACUUAUUUUUUUAAAUACAGUGUUUUAAUUUUGACCUACAAAAACAGCAAUUUCAUAUGGUACAAGGUAGUAGAAGGUUUUCUCCAUUUACCUGUGACUAGUUAGAGAUUAGGACUUCAGUUCUGUUAACAGAAAAUUAAUUGGAGAGGAGUUCUACAACCUCAGCAGCUUAACAAUCCCUGAAACGGGGACACCACUGUAACAAUAUUAAGAACAAACUUGCCUGAAUGAUAAGAUCAUGUUUACAAAAGACCUCCAAAAUUUGUUGGAAAUAAACAUUAGCUGUCUAGAGUCUUACAUGGAAAGAUGCUUGUGAAUGUGUUGAUGCAACUUGGCAUAAGAGAUAAAUACCCAGAAGUGGUAUAGCUGGAUCAUAUGGUAAUUCUAUCUUAAAUUUCUUGAGGAACCUCCAACCUUCCAUAGUGGCUGCACCAGCUUGCAUCCCCACCAACGUGGAACCAGCCAAUAGGACCUGGACCUCUGGUCUCCCAGUGAGAGAGACUGCAUCUGAACUCAGCUGGCCAUGGUACUAUUACUUUCUUCCAAUGAAGACUUUCCAUGUGACUCAAGAUAUGCAGAUACUGGGCGCAAGGCUCUUUUCUUAAAACGAAGGCCUAUUUCUUCGGUGAUUCACUCAGGCCCCAGGGAACGGAUAAUAGCCCCAGGAGGGGUCUCUCGCCCGGGCAGUCACGAGAGGAGUUUGCGCGGCGGUCGCAGAGGCGCGCCCGGGGCACGCUGGGAACGCGGGGCGCCGCGGCCCGGCCUGACCCGGAAGGGCUGGUGCGUGGUAACCCCGGCUUCCCUAGCAACCGAGCAGGUGGCUAGUCCUAACCAUCCGCAUCCUCUUGUUCAGACACCUCGCGGGAUGCCGCUGCGGGUUAGCGAUUACAGCUGGCAGCAGACGAAGACUGCGGUGUUUAUCUCCGUGCCUCUCCGGGGCGUCUGCGUCAGAGACGUGGACGUGUUCUGCACGGAAAACUAUUUGAAGGUCAACUUUUCUCCAUUUUUAUUUGAAGUGUUUCUCUAUGCGCCCAUAGACGAUGAAAACAGCAAAGCCAAGAUUGGGAAUGACACUAUUGUAUUCACCUUGUAUAAAAAAGAAGUGGCCAUGUGGGAGACCCUUUCUGUGUCAGGUGUUGACAAAGAGAUGAUGCAAAGAAUAAGGGAGAAAUCUAUUUUACAAGCACAAGAAAGAGCAAAAGAAGCUGCAGAAGCAAAAGCUGCAGCAAGGCGAGAAGAUCAAAAAUAUGCACUAAAUGUUAUGAUGAAGAUUGAAGAAGAGGAGAGGAAAAAAAUAGAAGAUAUGAAAGAAAAUGAACGACUAAAAGCAACUAAAGAAUUGGAAGCCUGGAAAGAAUGUCAAAGAAAAGCUGAAGAACAAAAAGGAAUUCAGAGAGAAGAGAAAUUCUGUGAACAAGGAAAGCAAAUUGAAGAAGAGAGAAACAAAUUAAAACAUAAAAGCCUUACUAGAAUUGCAGCAUCUAGAAAUCUUGCCACAAAAGGAAGAAAUUCAGAAAAUAUAUUUUUGGAGAAGUUAAAGGAAGACAGUAUUCCUGCUCCUCGCUCUGUUGGCAGUAUUAAAAUCAACUUUACCCCUCGAGUAUUUCCAACUGCUCUCCGAGAAUCACAAGUAGCAGAAGAAGAGGAGUGGUUACACAAACAAGCAGAGGCACGAAGAGCACUGAAUACUGAUAUUCCUGAACUUUCUGAUUUAAAAGAAGAAGAAAAGAACCCAGAAUGGCUGAAGGACAAAGGGAACAAAUUGUUUGCAAAAGAAAACUACUUGGCAGCUAUUAAUGCAUACAAUUUAGCCAUAAGACUAAAUAACAAGAUUCCACUAUUGUAUUUGAAUCGGGCUGCUUGCCACCUAAAACUAAAAAACUUACACAAGGCCAUUGAAGAUUCUUCUAAGGCACUAGAGUUAUUGACACCACCUGUUGCAGAUAAUGCUAAUGGAAGAAUGAAGGCAUAUAUACGACGUGGGACUGCAUUCUGUCAACUAGAAUUAUACAUAGAAGGCCUACAGGAUUAUGAAGCUGCGCUUAAGAUUGAUCCAUCCAAUAAAAUCGUACAAAAUGAUGCUGAGAAGAUUCGGAAGAUAAUUCAAGGAACAGAACUAAAAUCUUAAUGACUGCUGAAGCAACUAGGAAUUUUAAGAAGUAAUAAAAAAUAAAAUUUAAAAAAUGAUGAAAAAAGUUAAAAAAAAUGGAGUCGCUUGCCCCCACUGACAGUAAACCAAGAUAUAAUUGCCGGAAUUUGACCUCUAACCAGUCAAUCUGGAAUUUCCUGAUCAGCACUACUGAGGUAAAUUGCUUAAUAGACCACCAGCCUUUCCCCAGAGGAAGGUGACCUUGCCUGAAAAGAUCCUUUUUUAAAAUUUUCUUAGGAGCUUCUUUGUCCUGCUCUGUUUCUGCCUUUAAAAGUCUUCCAUUUUGUAGAGCUUCUCAGAGCUUUUCUACUUGCUAGAUGGGAUGCUGCCUGAUUUAUGAAUUGUUGAAUAAAACCAAUUAAAUUUUUCAAAUUUACUCAGUUGAAUUCCAUUUUUUAACACACAGAAUCAGAACAAGGAGAAUUAGUUUGAGUGGAAUGUUUCAUGGCAUCAUGCAUCCAAUUCUACACAACAGGCUUCCUCUUUCCUAUAAUGUUUAGGAUAAUUACCUCUAUUUAUAAACCUUUAAGACAUACCUCACUGGAACUAACUCUCAUGUAUCAUCAGUAAAACCAAGUUUAAGCUUCAAAUCAUGACCAGAUUACCAGCAUCUUCUCUUUGCCAUUGUCCACAGUUUUUGAAAUGUAAUUCCCCUUUCUAAAAUGUUUAAAGGCAUAUGA